AUGGUGAACGGUAUGCUCAUUGGACCAUUUAUUCUCCCAAAUCGAUUGGACGGGAUGCAAUACCUAGACUUUUUGCGCAACAUUUUGCCUUCCUUGUUUGCCUGCUAUCACCAAGUCAUUGAAGAUAGACAUGUGACAUAUUGCGAGAUUGAGGUGUCCUUGAAGAUCUCAAAGACCUCAAUUCAAAAAAUUUUACAUGAAAAAUUAGGAGUAAGAAAAUUAGUUUCUCGUUGGAUACCAGAAAAUAAACGACAGUCGGCUGUUUGGGUGUUCCAAGGUGAAGAAAAGCCACCAAAAAUGGUCGCGACAUUUCUGUCAAAAGCGGGUCAUAUUGCAACAAUUCCUCUUAAUGAGCAAAGAAGUGUUGCUGCGAAUUGGUAUACCACCAUUUCUUUGCCAAAAGCCAUCACCGAGCUUCGAAAAAUCAACCCCGAAAGAAGUAUCAUCCUCCACCAAGACAAUGCAAGCUCGCACACAGGCCAAAAAACAAGGCAGUAUUUAACGGAAGAAAACGUGGAAUUAUUGGACCAUCUUCCAUAUAGUCCCGAUCUAAGUCGUAACGAUUUCUUUACCUUCCCGAAAAUUAAAAACAGACUGCGUGGUCAAAGGUUCCAGUCACCAGAAGAAGCAGUUGACGCAUUCAAAAAUGCCGUUUUGGAUCUGCCAGCAAACAAGUGGAAUAAGUGCUUCGAAAAUUGGUUCGAGCGCAUGCAGAUGUGUAUUAAUCUUCGUGGAGAAUACUUCGAAAAACAAUAA